AUGACUAGCAAACAAGAGAAACAUUUGGCUGUAUUUAUACAUGGACUAUGGGGUAGCUAUAAACAUAUGGGAUCUUUGCAACAAAUGUUUAAGAAACUUAUAGAUUCGAAGGAAGAAAUUAUAUGUUAUGCUCCCAGACAAAAUGCUGUUUUUAAGACAUUUGAUGGUAUUGAAAUUAUUGGAUAUAGAGUUAUUGUUGAAAUUUGUCAAUAUAUGAAACAAUAUAGGGAAGAAAAUCCGAAAUCAGAGAUUAAAAAGAUCAGUAUUGUGGGUUAUUCCCUCGGUGGAUUAAUCGCCAGAUUUGUCGUCGGAAAGAUGUUUACAGAAUGCAGGGAAUUUUUCCAAGAUAUUGAGCCAGUCAUGUUUUUGACUAUGGCCACACCUCAUUUAGGGAUUCACUUUUAUAAUCCAUUGUCGAUCAAAUAUAAGUGGCUUCUGGAUCCAGUUUUGACGUUUCUUGGAUCGACAUUGAUAGGUAAAAGCGGUAGAGAAUUGUUUAUCAUGAAUCGUUCAAAUAGUAUUCUCGUAGAAUUGAGUCAAGGUGAAUUCUUGGAUGCAUUAGCAAAAUUCAGAUGGCGAAUGGUAUUUGCAAAUGUUAAAAAUGAUAGAACGGUUGCAUUUUACACAGCCUUCAUAACAGAAUAUGAUCCUUUCAUAAGUACAAAUAAUACAUUGAUGUAUAAAUUUGAACAGAAUCUUCCUGGGUCUGACUAUACAAACAUUUUGCCAAGAAUUGUUGAUCUCAACCAAUUGAAUAAAAACGUUAAAUUAAUACCGGGGAAGUCGAAGAAAUCUAAAGUUACUUUAAAAACAGUACUUCAAACUAUCGGUUUAAUCUUUUUGGGUUUAUUUAUUGUAUUACCGAUUGCAUUAAUUUUCAAUAUCUGUGGAACCCUUUAUAGUCAUUUAGCUACUUUGAAAUAUCAAAAAAUGAUAGCAAAUGGCCAGAUAUCUAUAGUGGUAAGGGAGAAAAUAGGAUUGACAGAACAACUAAGGAGCUAUGUAAGCGAAACAUACGAAUCAAUCAUUAAUACAGAAGACACGAACGAUAACGAAGAUAUAACUGAUACUAUAAAACUUGAAAAUAAAAGGUCAUCAAAAUCAAUUGCCGAAGAAUCACAAAUUUUCCAAGAGUUCUUAUCAAAAUACUCAAAUAUUACCAAAGACGAUCAAAAUUGGACGCAUGAAUUCGAACCUUUACCACUUGAUAACAAUAGAAGGACGAUAUUAAAUAAUUUAUCCAAAUUAAAUUGGAUAAGAGUACCUAUAUACGUUAAGGCAAGGAACGCACACGGUGGUAUUGUCGCCAGACAAGGAAUAAACGAUACAAUGGCGCCAACAAGUCUUGCCUCUGUUGAAUUUGUCUCAAAACUUUCAAAUUACUUAAUCAGUCAUGAAGAUGCAAAUAUUUAUUGA